AUGAGGCUGAUCAUCCGCGACAACGCCGACGCUGCCAGCGAGUACGUCGCCAGCUACGUCGUUGACCGGAUCAAGCACUUCAACCCUACCCCGGCUCACCCGUUCGUCCUAGGCCUGCCGACGGGAAGCAGCCCCCUGGGGGUGUAUAAGAUCCUUGUUCAGAAGUACAAGGCUGGUGAGAUAUCAUUUGAAAAUGUCAUCACCUUCAACAUGGACGAGUACGUCGGUAUCCCCCGGGAUCACCCUGAAAGCUACCACUCCUUCAUGUGGAAGCACCUCUUCUCCCACGUGAACAUCCACCCCAACAACGUCAACAUCCUUAACGGCAACGCCCCCAACCUCGAGGCCGAGUGCGUCGCCUACGAGGCCAGGAUCAAGGCCGUCGGCGGCAUCGACCUAUUCCUCGCCGGCAUCGGCGAGGACGGCCACAUCGCCUUCAACGAGCCUGGCUCCAGCCUCGCCUCGCGGACGCGCGUCAAGACGCUCGCCUACGACACCAUACUCGCCAACUCGCGCUUCUUCGGCAACGAUGUCGAAAAGGUUCCCAAGCUCGCCCUUACGGUUGGCGUGCAGACCGUCCUCGAGGCGAGGGAGGUUGUCGCUAUCAUUCUCGGCGCUAAGAAGGCGCUCGCGCUGCAGAGAUGCAUCGAGCAGGGUGUGAACCAUAUGUGGACGCUCUCCAGCUUGCAGCUGCACCCCCACCCCAUGAUUGUGGUGGACGAGGACGCGACGCUGGAGCUGCAGGUCAAGACAGUCAAGUACUUCAAGAGCAUCGAAAAGGUCGCCAAGGAACAAGGCUUCGAACAGAUCCUCCCCUCGAAGAUCCGCACCGGCCCAGGCCCAGUGCCAGUAACGGUCAUUGACGAGGUCGAGACUCCGACAAUCCUACACCCGCAGCCCACUACCUCCCGCCUGUUGCGCGCCUCACCGGCGACGGAGUACCCUAUCCGCUCCACGUCGCCUGACAUCGAGCUCGUCUUCGAGAACAUGGCCUCGCGCACCAAGUCGCCGACGGAGCAGCAGCUCCGCGCCAUCACGCCAGACCUCGUCACCGACAGAAUGGCCACGCGGAUCCCCGAUCCCGCGCUUGCGGGCCGUCUGACGCCGAAUCCCGAGCAGCAGCAGUCCAGGUCGGUGACCCCCGACUUGGUCCCUGACCGCAUGGCCUCGAGGAUUCCGGAGCCGUCGCUCGCGCGGCGGUUGACGCCGAACCCGGAGCAGCAGAUGAUGUCACGAGUGAAUGCCGUCGGCGCUUGA